AUAUAGAAGCUCAUUAACUGCAGAUAGCCAUAUAAAAGAUUUUAAGAAAAUUAAUGAUGAAUUCAUCAACACAAUAAUAAUUUCGAAAUAAAGUAAAAUUGAAAAUUGAAUUCAAUUUUUAAAUCUAAAAAUGCGAGUUUAUCGUAGAAAAUCUACGAAAAAUUUAAAACAACUAGAUGACCGUAACAGACUUAAACUUAUUGAAUUGGUCAAACAACAUAAUUGCUACAAAGACGGCAGAGUUCUUAAAAAAAGAGAAAAAGAAGUGAAUGAUGAAUCUUGGAAAUUAAUUGCAAAAUCUAUGAAUAUGAAAGUUCAAUUAUGCAAGUUUUUUUGGUCAAGAUAUCGGGAAAAUUAUAUGGUUCAUUUAAAAAAUAGAUUACGUAAUCCAUAUUUGGAACGAAUUCAUCCCGAAUUAUCGUUUUUGGACGACGAAUUACCAAAAAAACCAAAACACGAAUGGGCAAAGAUAAAAAAAAAUUACAACCGUCAUCUAAGACGAAGAAUGAAUGAUGAUUCAUUAAAAAUUCUAUACCCCGAAUUAGAAUUUUUAAAAGAUGAAUUACCAGAAUUCUGUGAACAAUCGUACGUUUUGUUUUUAUUAAAAAAAAUAACAUCAAUUAGAUUGGAUAUGACAGAAUAUCAGCCCGACUUUACCAAAAUUAACGACGAAUUCAUCAACACAAUGAAAUAUUUUUUGAUUUUUUUUUUUGAAUAUUAAAUUAAAUAAAACAAAAAACAUUUAUUAUUUUGUAUAAAGAAAUUUUCCAAUCUGGUAAAUUUAACCCUUACCACUCUGA